UUACCCGAUGCACUCCCGCAAUCUUCUUUCACUUUCGAUAAAAGCAGUUGAAGGAGGAAGACAGAGAGAGGAAGACAGAGAGAGGAAGACGGAGAGAGGAACGCAUAAAGCCCGAGACACGCAGCUGAAAUUAAAAAAUAGACCCCGAGUGUUGAAUUUGAUGUAAAACAUCCUCUAGAGCUGCCUAAUUCCAGCUGUGGUGGUUGUGUUUCCGGUUGAGCACAAUAAUAAAAGGAAGUCCUAAAAAUCACCUGGAGACAAACUGUGAUUCCAAGGAUAAUCAAAAUGAGCAUUCAGGGACAGGAACAGGUGGAGAAGAAGUACAACCCUCUAGAUAGCACCCUGAAGUUUGUCAAGAGGAGGAACGACUUGGAUCCAUUGUGUGAUGAUGAUGACUGUCUCAAAGCAGAGAUGUCCUGCGGCCACGCUGUCACUCCGGACUCUCUCACAAGUUGGUGUAGCAGCCAUCUGAAAGAGGGUAAUUACAAAUUCAGAUGCCCUGCAGUGGUGGAAGGGACCACACAGUGUAAUAAACUGUGGUCGUACCAGGAGGUGCGCAGACUGGCUGACUUGUCUGUCGAGGAAAUGGAGCACUUUGAAGAGACCAUGGCUCGCCUGGCUGCUGCAGAAUACUGUGAAAUUCAGUCAUGCCCAAAGUGCAAAACGAGCGUGGAGAGGAAGGACUUGUCCAACCUGUGUGUGCGGUGCCCCAUAUGCACAGCUGAUCAGAAGAAGACCUACCAGUUCUGCUGGCAGUGUCAGAGGCAGUGGAAAGGUCCAGGACCUCGCUCUGACCGCUGUGACAACGACGGCUGCAUCAACCACGACCUCGAGCUCCUCAAGAACUGCAAGACCACCGCCCUCCCUCAGGUGAAGGGGGUCGACGCAUGUCCCUCCAUCCGGGCCUGUCCCACCUGUGGUCAGAGAGCGGAACAUAACAGAACGGGCUGUAAGAAUAUAAUCUGUCCUCGCUGUCAGGUCGAGUUCUGCUUCGUGUGUCUGAAACUCACUCCUAAGUGCCUGAAGACGAGCUCUUACUUCUUACCCUGCAGUGAUGGUGUGGCUCCCAGACAAACCUCCAUACCUGUGUGGCGCAGAAAAUAAGAGUCUGCACACAUUCACUAGCCUACUCAUAAUGUAGCUUACUGCCUUCUUUUGUCACACUGUACUGUUUCUCUUUGAUUUUAAUUUUCUAUUUUAGGAUUCUUUGAAACACU